GAAAACUAUACUAAUUAAAUUUUCAUCUGUCAAACUCAUCAAAAAACGCAAAUCUUCUUUGGGUGUGUAUCGUUUUUUAGUAUAAUUUUCUUCCAAUUCUUUAUUUUAUUCGAAAAAAGCACACAUAAUUACUUCUUGCCCCCCAUCCGAUCCGCUAAACCAAAAAAAUAAAGUUUCUUUAAAAUAUAAAACAAAAAACUUUCCAUCAUAGGACUAUCAGAGACUGCAGUAAUGGACGUAAUGUCAUCAACACUCCAGCAACAGCGUAUGAAUGUGGAACAAUUGAGACGGGAGGCCGCCAUCGAACGCCAGACCAUUUCAGAGUCUUGCGCCAAGAUGAUGAAGUACAUCACCGAGCACGAGCAGGAAGAUCACCUGCUGACUGGAUUCUCCAGCCAAAAGGUGAAUCCUUUCCGUGAGAAGAGUUCCUGCAUUGUGCUUUAAAUUAUGCAAAGCGCAAAGAUGGCCGCUUCAGCAGCUGGCUAUGAAUAUGAUUCAUCUAAAUAUCACGUCGUUCAUUUCAUAUGAAAAUAUAAAUAAAAAUUUAUAUAUAUAUAAAUGUCGUAAUUGUCAAUGACCUGCUAAACUACAAAAGAAGUAAAACUAACUAAUUUUUAACACGGCUGAUUCAUUGGAUCUUGCCUAAUAUUUGUAUUAAUUGCUACUAUUAUGGAAAAUAUAUAUAUUUCGUUUUAAUUGUGAGUAAAUCAAA